CUGCACAGCACUAGGUCUAACACGAUCACUCGACAACACACUAGGCCUAGGCUACACACUCGUUUACUGUUUGGCUAAAACAGUUGUCUAGCCUAACGUAUCCUCACAAGUUGAAGAGUUGGUCUCACGGCCUGUGAUUUGAAAAGCAAUGAACCGUUCUGUGAAAACUCAAGGCAUCAAAACAACCAAACUGCAAAGUCUUGCCAAGGAGGAGACAUUUUGUAAGUACGCUCACAGAAGAUGCAUGCAGAAUUGUGUGGAUGGCUACGACUAUUGUAUUCGCCACAUCCUGGAGGACAAGGCUGCACCAUUUAAGCAGUGUACCUACAUGACCAAAUCAGGGAAGAGGUGUGGUACUGCUGCCCCCAAACAUGAAAGAAAAGACGGUUAUUGCACAGAGCAUGCUAAAAAGGCUUUUAUUACACGACAACGGCUGUCUCGAAAGCGCAGACCAAAAGAAAGUACAGAGACAUUACUGGACGAGCUGACUACAGUGAAUUCAGGGACCACGGAUGUGCACACUAAUGAGAACAGAAGAAGCAAGGCACACAGUGACAGCAUAGCCAGUAAAGCACUGGAGUAUGCCAGCUCUAGUGACUCUGAAGCGGAGGCUCUGUUGGUUGAAAAAACCUGGCGAGAUCCCGGAGACAGUGACGCUGAGAGUAUUGACAGCGACCAGGAAGACAUGCUCAAAUAUGCAGGUAUCUACACCACAGAGGAAGUGGCUCAAAUACUGAGAGACAAACUGAUACGCCUACAGACAUUGUAUAUUGAUCAGUUUAAACGACUGAAACAUGUUCUGCUCAGUAAAAGGAGACAAUAUUUGCAAGCCUAUAAAGUUGAGAAGGAAACAUUAGGGAGCAUCAAGUUGUAUAAGAAUGAUCCCUUCCAGAAAGACAAGUAUGACAAGUUGUGUGCUUUGAAACGCUAUCACAAAAAAUUUGGAAAAUUUUCAUCUAACCCACAGGAAGCCUUGUUACAAAAGCAGUCCACUGAGCGACGCAUGCAGUCUACUGAUGAGGCAAACUACACACCGCCACAUUUUGUCAAAUGUGUUUUUGUGGACGAAGGUUGGAGGUGUGGCAGUAGAGUUGUCCCUCUUAGUAAAUUCUGUCAGAAGCAUAUACUUCACGACUCAGCCCAGGUGUUGUAUCGUCCCUGUCCAUUUGCUGACAGCCAGUGUGGGCGCCCGGUUCCCACCAUCUUUAACACAGAAUACUGCUCACUGCACCAGCCUGUCCCUCCCCUACAGGAGGUGGACCACCUUUCUGUUGAGGACAGCUCCUUGCAGACAGAAGAUAAAAAAGAUAUUGACACCAGUAAAUUGAUGUCUGAAGAAUGCAAGGAAUCAUUUCUUCACACUAGUGACAGUUCAAAUAAAUUAAGUACAGCCAAUAUAAAAACUGAGGUGGAUCCAGACAUUAAGACAGAAGUUCCUGAAGCGUCAUCAAAGGUACCUGCAACAGACACAGGUGAGGAGGAUCACAGGCCACGUGGAAUUCUUUUCACUCUAGGUGAGGAGGUAGAAGAGGAAGAUGAUCAAGCUAGGUAGUGGGGUCUGUCUGGGUAGUGGGGUCUAGUC